AUGGCUAGAUGUUACACCUGUACUUCUAUCAGAUCAAGUCUUUCCUUCAAUUCAAGUAGAACAGCUGGGAAGAACAUGAGAUACAAAUUGAUUACCGUCCUCAAACUGAAGUGCCAUUGUUUAUUUCUUGAUUUACAGAUCAACAGCCUUAGAACAGUUUUAAUUAACAUCUACAAGAUAUUUUUACUGCAGGCUUACAGGAUCAUCUCUGAGACUGCGACGUGCUGCUAUGCUAUCCUGAGGGCAAAAAAUGCAGGGGUUGCUUUAGGUAACAAAGGUGCAUCUGGCCUGUUCCCUUCUGAGGCAGCAGAAUGGCUCUGCUACCAUGCCUUUAUUGUCAAACUGGCAAAUCACAAAGUUGUUUACAAAUGCCUGCUAACGCCCCUAAAAAUCUGUUUGGAUGUUGAAUUUGCAUUGCUCCGAUGUAGACCUAUUUUACUAGGAUUUCUUCUAACUCUCUUAUAA